AUGCAUUAUACGGUUAGUGCUGUAACCGGGCAAAGAUUAGAAUCGACGGAGGACGACCACUUCUCUACGACACCAGCGCCACCGGACAUUGAAAUAUGUCCUUGCCACGGGAGUUCAUCUAUAAUAAGGUACUCCUAUGAAGGAUGGCCUCGUUGGUACAGCUUAAAUCACACAUUGUUCCAGGAGCUAUCGAAGCUGGAAAAUGGUCUCCUCGGAACAUCAGCUCCACCGACUUCCACCGCUCCUGUUUCGUGUUCCAUCGAUCUGCCGGGAGAUGACAUCAUUGAGGGGGUGCUGUCACCGGAGAAGGCUGGGUCUCUCAUGUCGAUCCAGUCCGCGCCACCUGAACAGCGGGAGAGAGUCGAACAGAGAGAGAGACCUGUCAGUCUACUCCUAGAACUGCCGUUAGCAACACAAGUGGGCGCUUACCUCUCCGCGAUGUCACCAACGGAGCAGGAGGAGGAUUCCCUCCUGACUCUGUCGUCGGUGACCGCGAGACCACUACUCGCCGCCUCCAGGAAGUUAAGACCCCAUAGCGAGAGUACUGACACGUCACCGCCAGACGGCGGAUACGGCUGGGUCGUGGUAUUCGGAGCUUUUAUGGUGCAGUUCUGGGUGGCUGGACUUUUCAAGUCCUAUGGAGUAUUGUACGUAGAGAUAAUGGAGACGUUCCCGGAUUCGUCAGAGAGCGUUGCCUCUUGGAUCCCGGCUGCUUUGUCUACACUGUGUCUUGCGCUGGCUCCCUUAUCAUCAGCUCUAUGCGAGAAGUAUUCCUGUCGACUGGUCGUCUUCAUUGGUGGAUUGUUCUGCGCGAGUGGACUGGCCCUGUCAUAUUUUAGUACGGGGCUAUUGCAUCUCCUGCUCAGCUUUGGAGUUAUGACUGGUAUCGGCGGCGGCCUAUCAACGACUCCUGGUAUUGUGAUCGUUUCGCAAUACUUCGAUAAACAUAGGGCGAUGGCGAACGGAAUAUGUGUCAGCGGGACGGCGGCAGGUAGUUUUGUGUUUCCCAUGCUUAUUGAGAAGUUGGUGGAUACUUACGGAUUGCAUGGCACUGUGCUUCUAUUGGGUAGGAUCUUAGCUGGUUUAUUUUAUUCAGGUGGUGGUAUGUUGCAUGUUUGCGUGGCGGCGACUCUCUACCGUCCGCCACCGACUCUCCGUUCUAGCACACCAGUCACUAGUACCACCACGGAGAAUACAACCCUUCUGAACGAUAUACAGGAUGGCAAGACACUUCCAUCUAGAGACAACAAUCUGCAAAAUCUGUUUCAAACGGACAACGAGAUUGUGCUAAAUCAGAAAAACGCUCUUCUAAAUGACGAGAAACGGACCAAUUUGUUUACCGAAAUCAUUCACCCGAGUUUGAUUGAAGUAGCAAGACCGCCUCUGCCCUGUCAGAUGUCGGAUUCCGAAGACUCCGAGGGAAUGGAUGUUUUGGGUGUUGUUGUCCACAACACAGCAGCUUGGUUCGCUUUUAUGGCUUAUAGGGAUAAAUUAUUUCUGCGUCGAGUGUCAGUCACUUACGCCGGCACUGCCUUAUCGGUAGAAGGCCUACCUCGUGAAGUCGCUCGGCUUCGCUUGCGGCCUACAAGAUCUUCGUCUAUACUACAUUCCGUUGAAGAUCUAUCGACAGACAGCACGUGUGUCUACAAAUCGAGUAGAAGAAAGAUUACCAGAUCGCUUUACAUCAAACCACCACUCCCGAGUGGAAUUCCGGAUAAAGUGUUAGAACCAGAAAUAAAGAAGGACGAAGAAGAGAAAAAAGAAGAAUUAGAAGAAAAAAUGGAGACCGGUUGUGUUGCGACUAUUUCUAGAUACUUGGACGUUUCACUACUGAAGUCUUGGCGUUUUGGACUGCUUUGUACUUCGGUGGCUCUGAUGUCCUGCGGCUCACCUUAUGCCUUGUACUAUUUACCAGCAUACACCGUCGCUGUUGGUCAUAGCAAAGCUGCUGCCGGUCGUCUCGUGGCGAUAAGUGCUGUUCUCGACUUAUGCGGUAGGCUCGGUUUGGGCUGGCUGUGCGAUCUGCAUCUAUUCUGCAGACGGGCAUAUGGACUCUGCCUGGGUUGCUGGUUUCUCUUGGUGCCUGUUCUCCUAGCUGAUGCUUUUGGAACUGCGCGUAUCGCAUCUUCCUAUGGUCUGGUUAGGAUGUUCCAGAGUCUCGCAGCUGUCUCCGUUCCGCCGACUGCUGGUCUGAUUCGUGACGUCACUGGGGGCUAUUCCUGCUGUUUCUAUGGCAUGGGUUCGUGCAUGGUCCUAGGUACAAUUCCCGUGAUUGCAUUUCAUAUCGCAACGAAGAAGAAGGAGAAGGAAUGA